UUUUUUAGAUUUUCAGAUUUUUAGACAAGUGAGGGAAAUGCUUCCACUUUAUCGUUUUAAUUUAUUAUUCAAUCAGAGGCUUUUGAAAAACCAAAAUUUUUUAUUUGUUCAUUCUCUGGCUCACAAUCAACAAAAUAUUCCUUCUGGGUUUUUAAUAGGAGAUGAGCCAACAAAAAAGAAGGAAAAUUAUACAAGUGUUCAACGAGAAAAAGAAAGGCGUGAACGUAUAAAUCAAAUAUCAGAUGCUAUGAAUUUAUAUAUAAAAUCAAUUAAUGAACAAGAACAAUUUAUUAAAGAUGAAAUGGUUGGAUUUGAAAGAGGAAAAAGACAUUUGGCAAAUAUAAUGGGUGUUGAUCCUGAAACUAUGACUCAAAAACAAAUCAACACAUCAAUUAAAUAUUUGUUUCCUUCUGGCUUAUUCUCUUUAAAAACACGUCCUGUGAUGCAACCCUAUUCACUUGAUCCAAUAAAGAAAAUUGAUGUGGAUCGAUAUGGAGUUCCUCGGCAUACACUUUUUUAUACUCUAAAACCUCGUUUCUUUGCUAUUCUUUCGGACAUAAAUAGGCGAACACUUCGUUUAGUUCGUGAAUAUGACAAAAAACAAUUGGCGUUGCAUAAGGGAGAAAUUUCUGAAUCUGAAGCAAAAGAAGGGACUUCAUUACCCAUGAAUCGACAUUUUUGGAUUACAAAAGAAGUUUUGCAACUCAAAACUAAUGGAGAAAGGAUUACUGAUGAAAUGUUUGCUGGAUUUGUUAUGGCAUUGGAAUAUAUGUCUCAACUACCAAAUGCUAGUCUAGAAAAAGAAUUUAUUGAUGAUUAUCGAACUUUGCGUUCUGGAGAUGUUGGAAAUGAAACUUUACGUCUUUAUCUUUCUGAAUUGCCAAUAGCUCAUGUCCACCCAGAAACUGGCUUUUUAGAAGCUCAUGGACAUUCUCAUGUUAAAGCAACAAUUGCUACAGCUUUAGUAAGUACUGGUGGAACAGGAAAAAUUACAAUUGAUGGACAUCAUUAUGAUAUUUUGAGGGAUAUACAAGCGAGAGAAAUUCUUUUAUCUCCAUUAAUUGUUACUGGUCUUCUCGGAAAAGUUGAUAUUGAAGCAAAAGUAAUUAAUGGAACUGGUGGGAAAUCUACAACUCCUAGAGCCAUUAGAACAGCAACAGCUUUAGCAUUGGCCGCCUUAUAUCCGGAUUUGGCUGAAAGAUUGAGAUUGGCUGGAAUGUUGAAUUAUGAUAAACGAAGAAGAGAGAGGAAUAAGGUUUUUUUAUUUUUUUUAAAUUGA